AUGCCUGGGCUGCCCCGCCGCGCGGGGCUCCUCCUCGGCGGGGUGCUGCUGGUGGCGCUGCUGGCCGCGAGCCGGACGCUCCCCCAGAGGAGGCCGCGGUCCCGGAGCCCCUCGAGGCUGGCGGAGGUGAGCGCCUCCCCACUUCCCAGCUCUCCUGGGGAAGAAGAGAGGAGCCCACUGCUCCCCAGAACCCGCCUCCAGGCAGGGCCAUGCCAUCACAGUGAGCCAGCAGCCCUGAGCCUGGACAGGACGGCCCCUCCCAGGACCCUGGAGGUCGCUCCCUUGCUGUUUGAGCUGCAGAAGCUGCCAGGAUUGGCCAACACAGACUUGAGUGCCCCAAACCCCAAUAUCCAGGUGACCAUUGAGGUGGUGGAGGAGCCCCAGGCCCAGGUGGAGAUGGACCUCCUGGCUGAGCCCGGCCGCCGCUGGCCCCAGGGGGUCUCGAGCUGGCUCCCUGUCAAGGAGCUCUUCUGGCCCCUGUUCUGGGGCAUCCUGGAGGGCAAGGAGGGGAGGACCGAUCUCAAGGGCAGAGCCCCAGGGGAAGAAGACAAAGAGGAGGAGGAGGAGAAGGAGGAAGAGGAGGAGGAGGAUUACCCUGAAGAGUUCGGCGAGAGUGAGGACCAGGAGGCCAGUGAUGACGAAGAGUAUGACGAGGAGGAGCCUGGGUUCAGUGGGGCCGUAGGCAGCCAGGAGCAGGGCUGGCUGGCCCCUGGGGACUGGGCCUUCAAGGAGCCGGACGGCUAUGAGGUGGACAGCUGCGAGAGGUGGCUGAACUGCAAGAGUGACUUCCUGGCCCAGUACAUGCAUCAGGUGCUGCAGGACCUGCCCAGCUGCCCCUGCAGGUACCCGCUGGAGGCCGCGUCGAGCGCCGUGAGCCUGCAGGACGAGCGCCGCGGCCGCAGCUUCCGCUGGAAGGACGCGAGCGGCCCGCGGGAGCGCCUGGACGUGUACCAGCCCACCGCGCGCUUCUGCCUGCGCUCGGUGCUGUCGGGCGAGAGCAGCACCCUGGCCGCGCAGCACUGCUGCUACGACGCGGACAACCGGCUGCUGACCCGGGGCAAGGGUGCCGGCGCCCCCGACCUCAUCAGCACCGACUUCUCGCCCGAGCUGCACUUCAAGCUCGACACCCUGCCCUGGAUCCUCUGCAAGGGCGACUGGAGCCGCUACCACACCGUGCGGCCCCCCAACAACGGCCGGGCCUGCGCGGACAACCCGCCCGAGGAAGAGUACUUGGCCCAGUUGCAGGAGGCCAAGGAGUACUGA